AUGGGAGACAAGCCAGUUUGGGAGCAGAUUGGAUCCAGCUUUAUUCAACAUUAUUACCAUCUAUUUGAUAACGAUAGAACCCAACUAGGCGCAAUUUACAUUGAUGUGUCAUGCCUUACGUGGGAAGGACAGCACUUCCAGGGGAAAGCUGCCAUUGUGGAGAAGUUCUCUAGCCUUCUGUUCCAGAAAAUACAGCACAGCAUCAUGGCACAGGACCAUCAGCCUACGCCAGAUAGUUGCAUCAUCAGCAUGGUUGUUGGCCAGCUUAAGGCCGAUGAAGAUCCCAUCAUGGGGUUCUACCAGAUGUUCCUAUUAAAGAACAUCAAUGAUGUUUGGGUUUGCACCAAUGACAUGUUCAGGCUUGCCCUGCACAACUUCAGCUGACCUCCUGCUAGCCAGGCACUCAUGCUAUU